GCCGCUGCCGGGAGCUUGUUCGCGAGGAUUGGCCCCGCGCGCGCGGCCCGACCUGGGAAGCGGGUGGAGGCCGCUCCCCUCCUCUCCCCACCCCGCCCGCAGGGGCAGAGCGCGGCGCAGCAGCAGCGGCGGCGGGGCGGCUCGGUGCCCGGCGGGCGGGCGGCCCGUCUGCGCGGCCCGGGCGGCCUGCGGUCGGGAUGAGGACUGCCCUCCGCGCCCAGAGCGCCGGGGCCGCCGCGGCCGUGCCGGGAGCUCGAUCGUGUCCGCCAGCGCGGCGAACGGAGCGGGGCCCUCGGAGCGGGAGCCAAGAAAUCCUCAUUCCUCAGGAAAUUGACCUGUGCGGCGACCCAGCUGAGGGCCCCACUCCCCAGGGCCCGUUCAGGACCAUGAGAGCAGUCUUCUCCAGGGCCCCCCUCGGACCGCCACGUGCUCCCAGUGCCCAGACGGAGGGGCCAUGCCGGGGGAGCAGCCCCGCAGAGCACCGCCCGCAGCCAUGACCCGAGACCUGCAGCCCUGCCCGGUGGCCGGUGGCACGGAGGGCCCCUCCCGGCCCCCCGGUGAGGACGGUGUCCCAGCCAGCAGGACCGCCAAGGCCACAGGCUGCGGGGCCCAGGCUGGGGAGCCUCCAGAGACCCAGAAGUGGCAGGCCAGGGAGGUGGAGCCCAAGGCCCCACUCCCGAGAGCCCCGUCCCUGGGCAGCCUCCCGGGGGAGGGCGGCGGCCCCCAGGCCCCUCCAGGGAGGAGCCGCGCACAGGCCAGCAGGGCGGACGGCAGCCCCCAGCAGCUCUACACGGGGACCAUCUCCGGCUCACGGGCCAGACCCACCCCGGACCAGACUCCCGAGGGCCCGCUGGGCAAGGACCCCGGGGCCCCAGAGGCGGAGGCCCCAGCUGCUACAAAAGAGCUGAGUUCCCAAAGGUGCUUCCAGGAGACCCCCUCCAGCUUUACCUCCACCAACUAUACCUCACCGAACGCCACCUCCGGGCCCCCGCCCCUCAGGGCCCCCCCGGGCAGCGGCACCAGCCCCCACAGGCCAGCCUCCUACUCGGAGCUCCCGGCCGGCGGGGCGGACGCCUGGCCUCCCACUGUCGACAACAGCUUCCCAGGUGCUAGAUUCGGGGUCCCUUCUGCCAAGCCAGAGCCUUUUCCUGAAGGGGACGGCCCCGGGGUGGCCUCCUUCCAGUACCCCUUCCCGGCUCUGCGUGGGGCCGGCCCAAAACCCUUCCCCGAGGGCACGUCCCGGCCCGAGUUCGCGGAGAGCGCUCUAGCGUUCGUCUUCCGUCAGCCCCGGGGGGCGUGGCCGGAGGAGGCAGUGGGCACGGGCAAGGCCUACCCCCUGCCCACCCAGCCCGCUCCCCAACCCCCUCCCUGCUACCCGGGCCAGCCCGGCCUCGACGCCCCCGGUGACCUCGGCUGUGCUCCCUCACAACCUGGUGCUGCUCACCCGGCCCCCGGCCCCUUCUCGGAGGGCACAGCCACCUUUCCGGACAGUUUGCACAAGAGCCUGACCAAAGCGCUCCCUGAGAGACCGCCUUCGGCCCACGAGGGGCUGGGGAGCCCCAGGGGGCCACCAAACCCUUUGCCACAGAGGCACUUUCCCGGGCAGGCCUACGGGAGCCCCGGAGCCGGCGGAGUGAGCUCCAGCCCAGGGUCUCUGGACGCGGAGCUGGCCGCCCCGGGGCCACUGCCCACCAGACUGCCCCAGCUGUGGGACCCUGCUGCAGCCCCUUACCCCGCACCUCCCCUGGGUCCCCCGGCCUCGGCCAGGAAUGCGUUCUUUGAAGGCCAGCCCAGCCUAGGCCAGCGCCUCGGCCUCCCCCAGAGUCCCCCUCUGCCCUGGCCCCAGGUGCUCCCAACCGCCGGGCCCAGCCCCCACCGAGUGGAGGUGCUGAGCCGGCUGCCUUUCCCCCCAGGGGCCCCGGAGUGGCAGGGGGGCGGCCAGGGAGCCCUGGGCGCCGCUGCGGGCAAGACGCCCGGGCCGGGGGAGAACUUGGCAGUCCUGAGAAACAGCCCGAGCCAGCACGGUGGCGGCUCCCCCGGACUGUUCGCCUACAAUGGGCUGAAGGAGCCCGCAGCCCAGCCCCUGUUCUUCGGGGUGGCCCAGGCCCAGGCCUCAGCCCGCACGACGCCCGGCCUGCCCCCUCCCAGGGCGGUGGGCGCCUCUCCCUGCCAGUCCCCGCUGCCCUCGCCUGCCACCAACACGGCCAGCAGCAGUUCCUGUUCGUCGCUGUCCCCGCUGCCCAGCAGCCCGGCCAACCCCAGCCCGGAGGAGAGCCAGCUCCCGGGCCCGCUCGGGCCCCCCGCCUUCUUCCACCCGCCCCCUCGUGCCCAGGAGACCAGCAGCCCCCGCACCGUCCCCAUUCACUACCAGCCGGAGCCCCUCCGAGCCUUCCCCUUCCCCACAGAGGGGCUGGGGGCCGAGGGCUCCUUCAAAUGCCUGGAGGAGGCUCCGUUCCCCGGCGCAGGCCCCGAGGGGGGCAGCGGGGGGCUGGAGGGCUUCCCCCGGGAGCCACCCCCCUACCCCGCCCACCACUUCCCCCUCAGCAGCGCCAGCCUGGACCAGCUGGACGUACUGCUCACCUGCAGGCAGUGUGACCAGAACUACGGCAGCCUGGCCGCCUUCCUGGGGCACCGGCAGUUCUGCAGCGUGCUGCUGGCCAGGGCCAAGGACGGCCACCAGCAGCCCCCAGGGCCCCCCGCCACCCCCAGAGCCCCAGCCAGCGGGAGCCCCGGCCUGCUCGGCCACACCAAGACGGCCCCCUUCCUAGCCAGCGGGGACGUCCGGGCCGACAGCAGAGAUGACCCCCUGAGGACCAGUUUCCUGCCCGGCCUGGCCGCCGCCCCCUUCCCGCUCCCUGCGGUGGGCCUGGACCCGGAGGACGAUGCCAAGCUGGACAGCCUCAUCACCGAGGCACUCAACGGCCUGGGAUACCAGUCGGACAACCCCGAGAUCGACAGCAGCUUCAUCGACGUCUUUGCUGACGAGGAGCCUUCUGGCCCCAGAGGUCCCGGGGCUGGGCACCCCCCCAGGACCAGGGUGGGAACGACGCCAGAGAGUAAAGCCCAGACCCCGCUCCCAGCUGGGGCCACCCCACCAGAGCCCCCGGGCCCCCGGCCAGGCAACGGGAGCCACCCGGCCCGCAGCAGGCCCCAAACCCGCUCCCUGGGCCCAGCGCCUGCGGACACAGAUGGAGCUGGCCCGGCCGGCCAGCACAGGAGAGGGAAGCGGUUUAAGUUGUUCCAGAAAGAGCUGGACACAUCAGGCACCACCAAGAGCCGCAAGGGCCCCAGAGCCACCCGCCCGAGGCCGAGGAGGAGAGGCCACGGGGCUGAACCGUCCCUGCCCCGCCUCCGGGACCUCAGAACCCAGGCCACGGAGAGCCAGGGCCAUCCUGCCAGACAGGCCCUGCAUGUGGAGACCAGGAGCUCCCAGCGCCUCCGGCGCUCCCCGGGGAAGGACUGCAGGAGGAGGCGGCUGCGGGGCGGUACCUGGAGCAAGGAGCUCAUCCACAAGAUCGUCCUGCAGAAGAACAAGCACCCCAGGGGGCAGGGGCAGGGCGGGCACUGCCCCCCGGGGUCCUCGGGGCCGGCACCCAGCAGCGCCCACGUCGGGCCCCAAGAGCUCGCGUGUGCCUCGGAGUCCGAGGAGGAGGACGGCUCGCGGCCGCCGGGCUCCCGCUUCAGAGGCCGGCCCCGCCACGGCUGUCGGCGGUGGCGCCGAGGCGCCAGGCACAGGGAGGUGGCUGGGACCCCGGGCCCCAAAGAGGAUCCAGGGCGGCAGAAACCCAGGAAGGUGGCGAGGCAGGAAGCCGCAAAGGACAGGGGCUGCCGGAGCCCAGGCCCCGAGCAGGGAGGCCCCGGGCACCUACUGCAGUCUCCUGCCGGCACCAAGGCCCCAGAGGAGACCCGUCCAGGGCCGGACAUCCCCCAAGACGCCAAGAGCCCUGAAACCGCCGAGAGGCUGCCCCCGGACGCCACGAAAGGUCCCGGGGAGGUUGCAAGCUCGUCUCCAGCCCCCUGUGCGGGAGGAAGCCCCCGCCCCCCAGCCCCAGAGCGGCCGGAACCCGGCAGAGAGGACGCCCGGGCGUGCCGUGGGAGCUCGCCAGCAGCAGGUGCGGGCGGUCUGCCGGGCACUGCCCGGUGCACGGAGCCGCCCGUCUCCCGGGACAGAGAGGACCCCCCUGCCUACCCCCCGGGACCACUGCUGGUGCCUGUCGCUAACACCACCGACCCCGCCUACCUUGAACCUGGAGUCCUGUUUUUGAAGACCCCCGAUCUUGGCUGCGACUCCGCUCCUUUUAACGGAGACUCCGUGGGGGUUCCAUUUGCCAAAAAGAGACCCCAGCCCUACGGCAGCCCCCCCGGCAAAUUGUUCCUUGGACCCAAAGACCUGCCUGGCUGUUUCCAAGAAGACCUGUACUCCAAGCCCUUAGCUUCAGGCGCUCUGCCUGCCGGCGACAUGCACCUUCCUCAGGAGGCUGUGGACACCGGUUCCCUCGAGCCAGAACCACCCAGGAAUCCAACCUACACGAUCCGAGUGGGCCCGGGCAGGGCCGAUUCGCCGCCGUUGACCUUGGAGCCCACACCCCUCUUCUCGGGGCUGCCUGUGGACAGAUUUGAGCCGCCAAUCUACAGCAGCCUGUCCGGAAGUGGACACACACGCCCCUCCCUGGUGUGUGCCACCCCUCCACCAAGGAAACCCCAGUUAGAGACGCCAUACUCCCCGUUUCUGCCCGACAAGGGCUGGUCCCUGCUGGAGGAGACCCCCGUGCUGGCCAGCCAUAUGGGUCACCUUCCUGACCUCUUGGGGGAGAAGGCAUUCAGCAGGAAGUGCCCCGGUGAAGGGACAGAGGCUGCCAGCCCCCCGCCUCUGCCCGGCAAGAUCAGCGAAUGUGGCGUCACUUUUAUGGGCAACCUGUCUGAAGACGAACUUGAAAUCAAAAGACUGGUCGCCGAGCUGGAAAGUCAGCUACAGAGUAAAGGCGCACACGAGACCCCCGAGCUGCUGUGUGCGGCUGGGCACUCGGGCAGGACGCACGCGGGUACCGGGGCCCCUCUGCCCUCCCACCGGGCCGCCUCGCCCUCCAGGGACACCUUCUCCAAGCCCGAGGCCGAGCUCACCGGUCUUGGGGAAUCGAGUGCAGGCCCAGAAGGGGCAGGAGCAGCAGCAGCCGCCACGGAAAGGAUGCUAAGGAUCGAGCGUGAGGAGUGGCCCUCAUCCCGCACGGGAGAAGCCGCCCUUUCCCCUGCUGCACGGGCGGACGUGGCAUCCGGGGCUCCUGUGAGCCUCAGUGGGGCCGACCACAGCUUCCAAGCAGUGCAGAGAGCCAGAGUCUCCGACACAGGCCCCCCAACAGCAGAAGGGGACUGUGGGCUCCACCCGGAAGUCUCUCUGUCCGGCUCUAGAGGGCCAUUCAAACCUCCGCUGGACGGGAGGAGCUUAGCAAAGCACAGCCCGAACUGUGAGCCUUUUCUUCCUAAAAAUAACGGGGCCACCGGGAUGCACCAGAGCGAAACCCUGCUGUGCCUUCCCUGCACACAGGGGCAAGGGCCCUGCCUAGAGCCCCCCAAGCUGGAAGCAUUUUGGGGCGCCACCCCAUCCUGUGGUGACCGUCACAGAGACGCUCCCAAGGGAUACUCCGGAAGCAGAGCAGGCUGGCCAGAAGAAGCAGGCCUCCCCCUCCCUGGGGUGGGGGACCCAGGCCUUAAGGCUAGCGAGGAGUUUGUACCCGUGGGGGCCUCCCCAAGUCCUGCCUGUGUGCCCCACACCAGCCCUGGCAGGAGGCCCCAGGACCCAGCCACAAGCCCCCUGCGUCAACUCCAGCUCCUGGUGGCCAGAGCAGCUGGGAAGGAGGAGGACGCCCUGGGCUCACAGGGGCCCCCAUCCACUGACACCCAGAGCCCUCAGUGCAGUGACCCCUCAGAUCUGGAAGGGGACAGUGUGCAGGGGGGGAACAUGGCCUGCAGCCCCACCCAGGACGUCCCAGGGGAGGUACCGAUGGCAGCCAUCCCUGCAGUGGCCGGAUGUCAGUUGGGGCCCGAGGCUGAUGGACAUCCGGACUCACUCGGCCAGGCUGAGAAGCCCGAGGGCCAAGACAGAACAAGCAGACUGCAGCCAGAUAACCCGGGGAGCCUGGUGGGGCCGGACAACCUCUCCACAGUCAACGCCAAUCCUGUAGCUGCCCUGGCCAGGCCGGCCAGGGGCGCAGACCAGCUAGGGGGACGGCUCCAGGGAAAUGGGGCGGUCUUGGGCCUCGGAAAAGAGGCAUGGGCCACCCCAAGCCCCGCCUCCUCUGAUGCAGAGCCUUCGGUAGCAGCCCACGCCCAAACUGGGCCGGGGGCCAGGACCUCAGAGGAGGCAGCCAGCCCAGCACCCCCUGUAGGGGACCAGCUGCCCUUGCCCACUCCCGUAGCCACCCCCAUGCCCUCUGGCCCAGAACACCUGCCCCAGAAAGACCCGCCUUCAGGUAAGCAGAGGGGGCUGCUCCUGGCACGUCCAUCCUGCAGGGAUCCCCCCAGCCUGCGGCCCCCACCAGCCUCUCCUCCUGCCGGGGCACCUCCACGAAGGACAGCCUGCACCCCAGCCGCCACAGAUGCUGGGGCCGGGCGAGCACCGGCAGUGCCCCCAUCUUUGAGGACAAGCCCCUGUGGCUUCAAGGAAAGCCUGGCUCACCAGCCCCUCCUGGGGGACCAGAGCCCCCCAGAAGACCCUCCCUUGGGCCAGCCUGGCUUCAUCGGUAUCUUCAGUCCCGCCCAGGGGGAGGACUACCCUGAAGGCAGCACGUCAGGACCUCUAGAGGAUUCCAGAAAAGAGAAGCCAAGGAGAUCUCCUGCCUCGGCCACCCCUCCUCCCCCAGUGAGGACCAUGUCCCCGAGAGUGACCGUGAAAGUCACUGCCCUUCCCGACGUUCCCGCCCCAGAUGACUGGUCAGACUGCCCCUGCAGGCGGGCCACACCCCACACCAGCCCCAAUGGGAUGCCCACGGGACCCCCCUCCAUGGAACCCCCAGGCGACAGCGAAGGCCAGGGUGUCACCUCUCUGCCCGCUGACCAUUCCACAUGGGGGGCCACUGGGCCAGAUUCCUGUGCCUGCCAGGAAGGCGAGGCGGGGGCCAGCUGCUCUGCUGUGACGGCAUCUGGAGCUGGCAGUGGGGGGCCCCCAGCGACCCGCCCCUCCACAGAGCUCCACCAGGACAGAAUCCCAUCUCCCGGCUGCACAGCCAGUGACUCCAGACCCAGCUCCCCCCAGAGCCUCAAAAAUGUUCACCGUACACCCCGGAGGGACCCCCUCAGCCCCCAGGGCACCAGACCGAAGCCUCGUGGCUUUAAAAAGAAGCCUGUGUCCACAGAAAAUGGCCACUGGAAGGACCGAGCCCCCGGCAAGCGGCCCGUGACCUGUGAAGUGUGUGCAGCCUCCUUCCGCUCCGGGCCAGGCCUGAGCCGCCACAGAGCCAGGAAGCACGGGCCGCGCAGGGCUGCUGCCUCCCAGCCGGCCCCCCCGGCCCCACCUGCUCCCCAGCCCCAGGCAUGCCAGCCCCCCGGGAAGAAAAGCCGCAGGGCACCUGGGAAGGAGAAACUGAGGCAGGCACUGAGCGGCCCCAGCCACGUUCUCGGGCCGCCUCCUGACCAGGGUGCCGAGGCUUAUGCAGAGGCAUCGGGUCCCCAGAUGUCCCAGGGACCUGGCGGGGAGGGGUUCAGCGUUCUGGGAGCACCAGGCUGCACCCCUAGCCGGGAACCACACCCCCCAGGCCUGGACGAACCAGGAGUGCACAUGAGGCCUACAGAGCCCAGGAAACAGGACCGGCUGGUAAAGGACGAACCCUGUCCCAAGCAGACAGAGAAAGGGGGAGGCCAAAGGCGGGGCAGAGUGCCCACGGACGUCCCCAGCAAGCCAGAGAAGACAUCACAGGAAAAGGCGAGGAAGCCCAGAGCAAGAAGGUUCCGGGAGGGGAGUGGUCCUCCAGUCUCUCCUGGUGUCAUUACAGACAAAUUCUGCUGGGACCCAUCCGCUGCCAUUGCCAGUUCCCCGGGGCUUCCGGGCAGCCAAGAACCUGACACCGACGCCCCCUGGCCCCGGGUGAUGGAGAGCGUGGAGGGCACAGAGGAGGAGACACCAGCACGGAAGUCACCCCAGGAUUGCAUGGCCCGCCCAGGGGGGAUGGAGGGGGGGCCUCCUGGGAACGGGUCGGGGGGACAGAGGACGGCCUUGGCAAGGGGGUGCUGGGGACCCAGGGAGAUCAGGACGUCAGAUCUCUACAAAGAGUCAUCGUGGGCAGCCGGGUCUGAGCCCACAGGGGACAGCAGAGCAGCUGAGGGCGGGGCGAGGCAAGGCGUUGGGGAGGGGCGUGAGCCGCCCUCGGGUCCCCCAGGCCGUCCUGAGACCUGUACCCCUGCCGGUGGCACCAGCAGCAGCUGCCCCCAGGGCCCCUUGCUCAACCCGAAAGCGCAGGCCAGGCUCCAGGAACAUGAGGGCGCUGCCCCUGCAGCCCCCAGCCCCGGCCUCGGGGACCCUCUGAGCGUGUUUGAUGACGAGGCCUCCUUUUCUCGGCUCUUCCCUCUGGGCGGCCGCCUGACUCGGAAGAAGAACCCCCACGUCUACGGGAAGCGUUGUAGACAGCCAAAGACCCCGCCGGCACCGGAGCCCCGCGGCGAGGCGGGGGGUGGCGUCCCGCUGGCCUCCUCCCACCCGCCCACAGACCUCAGCGACUCGGGCUCGCUCUGCCUGUCACACGAGGACCCGUGGGGUGACGAGGCCACGGGUCUGCCGGAGUCCUUCCUCCUGGAGGGCUUCCUGAGCAGCAAGGUGCCUGGCAUUGACCCCUGGGCCCCCAGCCCCAGCCUGUGGGCCCUGGAGCCUGACCCCGAGGCGGACCGGGCGGAGGGCGUGCCCCACGGCCGCGCCGAGGACCACCCAUCCGAGAACAUUCCCGAGCUGCACAUGGUCCCAGCGGCUUGGCGAGACCUGGAGCUGCGGGGCCCCGCCGAAGAGAUGGCCUCUUCUCUAGGCGACGCGAGCCCGGAGCCCCCGGACCUGGAGCGAGAACACUAUGACGGCGAGCUUCCCGGGAACGCCCUGGAUCUUGAGAUGCUCAGCGCCACACUGGAGGUGCAAGAUCUGUGCUUCCUGGGGCCCCGUGAAGACCCCGCGGGCGACCCCGGCACCAGCUUCUCGGGCUCCCGGGGGCCGCCGAGCAAAAGGGCAGAGGGUGCGGCUGCGGCAGGAGGGGCGCCAGGCAGGGAGCGGCACGCCAAGGCCAGGAGGGCGUCCUACAAGUGCAAGGUGUGUUUCCAGCGCUUCCGCGGCCUGGGCGGGCUGGACCUGCACAAGCUGGCCCACAGCCCCUCGCCGCCGCCCACCUGCUACAUGUGCGUGGAGCGCAGGUUCCGCUCGCGGGACCUGCUGCGCCAGCACCUGCAGGAGAAGCACGUGCAGGGCAAGGCGGGGCGCUGGGCCUGCGGCAUGUGCCUGAGGGAGGUCGCCGACGUCUGGAUGUACAACGAGCACCUGCGGGAGCACGCCCUGCGGUUCGCCCGCAAGGGGCAGGCGCGGAGGUCUCUGGGGGACUGGGAGGGGGACGGCACCGUCACCCGCUUCCUGGGCAGCAUCAUGGGACAGGCGUCCGGGCCCGGCGGGGGCGAGCGCUCCGUCGGCCGGGCACGGGGCGCCCCCGCGGGGGCGUCGGGGCAGCCGACCGCGGCGGGGAAAGAAUUCCGGAGGGAGAGGGCGAGACCCAAGGUUCCCGCCAGCCAUUCCGACCCAGAUGGCACCGCGGCCCCAGCCGGGGCUGCGGCGGACCGCGGCCCUCCGGGCGGCUCCGCCGAGACGUCCCCCAGCCUGUCCCCUGCCCCCUGCCCCCACAGCGAGCCCCUCCUCCGCGCCGCGUCCGUGCGCGUGCACGAGGGCUGCAAAGACCCCUCCCGAGACUGCCACCACUGCGGGAAGCGCUUCCCCAAGCCCUUCAAGCUGCAGCGCCACCUGGCGGUGCACAGCCCUCAGCGCGUCUACCUGUGCCCCCAGUGCCCGCGGGUCUACGCCGAGCCCCGCGAGCUGCGCGCGCACCUGGCCGGGGCGCACGGGGCGAGGGAGGAGCCGGAGCCGCAGCACACCCCGCUCUUCGCCUGCGAGCUCUGCGCCGACGUCACGCACAUCAGCAAGCGGUCCUUCGUCUGCAGCUCCUGCAACUACACCUUCGCCAAGAAGGAGCAGUUCGACCGGCACAUGGACAAGCACCUACGGAAGGGGCAGCAGCCCUUUCCGUUCCGCGGCGUGCGGAGACCCGGCGCCCCCACGCAGAAGGCCCCGGCGCGCGAGGGCGCCCUGCCCAGCAAACGGCGCAAGGUGGCCCCGCCCAGCAGCCCUCCGGGGCCCGGCGGCGGCGGCGCCGACAGGCCUCUGUCCUGGGGCAGCCGCCCCACCCGGAGCGAGGGGUCGCUCCCAGCCCUGCCGCAGCCCUGCCCAGAGGCGGCCCCUGGCACCACCAGGGGGCAGCCCAGGACCCCAGAGAGGCCUGUAGACCCUGUGGGCCACCGGGUCACAGGGGGCGACCUGCCCUCUGACCUCCGGGAGCUCCUGCCCCCGGCCCUGUCCCCUUUCCCGGCCGCCUCCGCAGAGGGCAAAGAUGGCCACAAGCCGGACGGAGCCGCGGAGAGCUCCGAGGAUGAGGCUUCUCCAGGCGGCCCCGGGCCUCUUCUCCAGCAGGCUCUCCCUCUGGGGGGGUCUUUGCCCCGGCCAGGGGCCAGAGGCCAAGAUGGAGAGGAAAAGAGGGCUGCCGGCCCAUUCUCAGGGAGAGGCAGGGCCCCCGGUGCCUCCGGCAAAUGUGCCCCUGAAGAUGGCCCGGAAGUCCCGUCCCUGCUCCCAAAGGAGAAGCGGGUGCCCACAAGCCCCACGCUGCCUGAGGCAGGUCCAGGGAGCCCCUCCCACAAAGGCAGCGCCAUCAAGGCUUUGGGCUGCCGGAGUUUGUCAAAGGACAGAUCGGUUUUGCCCAACCCCAGCAAAGCUCCCAGGUUCCCGGGGCAACCAAAGAAGGCUGUGGCCAGUCCGACAGCCCGAGAGCUAGCCCAUGGCACUGAGGACAGGCCGAAGCCCACCGCCGCCAAAGCCAAGCCGAGCCCCAGCUCCCAGGGAGUGGGGAGCCCACGGCACAGCACCAAGACGGCAGGGGGCAGCCGGCCCCAGCCGGCCAGCGGGCAGCUCCAGAGUGAGACAGCCACCACCCCAGCCAAGCCCAACUGCCCAGGCCAGGGCCCCACCCCAGACAAGCAUCCCCCUCGAGCCCCAGCCAAGGGCUCUCCCAAGGGGCCAAAGGAGGCCGGUGACCAGGGGCCCCGGGGGAGCCUGGGCCCCAGGGAAGAUGGGACGGUCAGUGAGAAGAAGAGGAAGGGCCGGGCCCCAGGGCCAGCCAGGAGUGAAAGUGUGAGGAGCCUGGGGAGAGCCCACUUGGUCCCUGACAAGCCCCCCCGGGCCCCCCGGAAGCAGGCGACACCCAGCCGUGUGCUCCCCACCAAGGCCAGGCCUGGUAGCCAGAAGGGCACGAUGCCACCCCAGCCCUCAGAGCAACAGCGGCAGGCGGGGCCCGGCCACACCCACGGGGACUGCAGGCGCCCCAAGGAGGGGCAGGGCAAGGCCUGUGCCCAGGGGAGACCCCUGCACAGGCCCCCCAAGAGGGACAGAGCUGUCCACGGUGCUGAACCUGCCAACCCCCGUGCCUGCCGGACCGCCGAGUCCCAGAAUGACCUCCUCAGCCAGCUCUUUGGCCAGAGACUAACCAGCUUCAAGAUCCCUCUAAAGAAAGACCCUCCAGAGUAAUUUAUAGACACGAGUGAGUACCUGGCAGCAGGGCUUGGAACAACCCAGCAAGUGGGGGCUCCUGUGUAUGCUGACAAGCCUCAGUGCUUGAAGGGUGUUGGGUGGGUGGCCACGUGUUAAUCCACCUGACUUAUGCAGAUGCUCAGAGGGCUGAGACUGUGAUGC